AUCUUUUUUUUUUUUUUUUUUACAAACUUACAAGUAUAUCAGUAAAUAAAAAUAUAAAUAAACAAAUCUAAUUUAUAAAGUCAAUUUAAAUUUUGGUUUAUAUAUUAUUCCAGCCACAUGGCUGCGUUAUUACAACAAAGUAGAUUGUUGAUUCACGAAUUGAAAAAAUAACAAUAAAAAUGAGAGAAAAAAAAAAAUAGAUAAAUAAGAAAGAUUGUAGAAUAAAGUGUCACGUAUGAGCCUGAGGAGGAAUAGCAUAGCACUGGAUGAAAAAAAAAAAAGAAAAAAAAAAAAAUACAUAAACAAACAAAGAGACAGAUGAAAAAGAAAAAAAAAAUUCCAGAAAAUAUAUAUGGUAUAUAACAUGCGUAUCCAAGCGGUGGCAUCGGGAUAGAGUUGGCUAGAAACCGAGACCUUCACCGAGGCCGAGUUGACGUCGACAUUGCCCCUGUAAAAUUUUUUUUUUUAUUUUAUUUUUUCCCCUUGAUAUAUAUGUAUACAAAAUAUCUAUUUGAGGGAGAGAAAUUCAAACGCGCAAACGUAAGGACAACUGUAUACGACACAGACAAGUUUAACUUAUAUACAUAUAUAUUUUUAUAAUGCAUAGUAGCAUCCCUUAUGCCCCGUUGAGAUCCGACACACGACGAGAUGAGGAGAGUCUAACCUUCAUCCCUCUGGAACAAGGGGCUACACCAGAGAAAGUCUCGUUUAUUUUUUUAUUCUGUAUUUUGAUAGACUCAUCUAGAUACGCACGCGCAAAUUUUGGUCCUUACUAUACACCGUAUUUUGUCUAAAUUGCCAGACUACGCGUCGACAUCAUCCAGUAUGCACAAGUUUAUCUAAAUCAACAUUAUUCAAUAAUUAAAUUCAUAAAAAUCUUGAAAAUUAAAGUUAUUUAUAUUUUUUUUUUUUGUUUAUCAAAUAUUUUGGUAAUUUGAUAAUAAUUUUUUUUCUUAUUUAGCAUCUGGUGGUUUUUAAAAUUUUAUUUUCUUUCAUUUCUUUUUUAUAAGCUGGCAGUUUUGAAUUUAUUUUUUUUUACAAAUUUGAGAGUCAAAAUUUUCACUUACAACUGCGGGCUUACCGUGUCAUGGGAGUGGUGAAAACAGCCUCCGACAGUGUACUCGAGGAGACUGUCUUGCCAAGUGAGGAGGCCAAUUAUUCUCUUCAAGGACAUGCUGAUGAGUGGAGAGAAAAUAUUCCGUCACAAUUGUUGAUUGGUUCAGGUGUUGCAUUGAUGGCGCUUGUACUUCUCGCUGCAGUGAGCUUUCAGUGUUCAUCCACUUGGAAAUGGCUCAUGGGUGUCGCGAGACAAGAGACUGAUGAUGAAACUGAUGGUGAAUUAUCACAGCAGAAUGCUAUUCGUAUUAGUCAUUCAUUACCUGAUCUUCAAUCUGAGCCAAUGACUCACGAAUAUAUUCAAGAACAAAAAGAUAUUAAAAAAGUUUUACGUCAAACAACACUACCCAAUGUGCCAAUUAGACAUCAGACCUUUCAACGUCAGCUUUCUCAUCGUUUGGAUUUACCCAAUAUCAAAUUCAGUAUUUGUAGUCUUGAAAAUCGCAGUGAUUCAAGCCUUGGACUUCUCAAGCCGGAAUUGUAUAAAAAAGAUUUAACGAGACAAGAAAGCACUGAAAGCUCAAGCACAGUUGAAAUGGAAUAUGCUGGAAAAUUGCACUUUGCUCUGAGAUAUGACAAAGAAAUUGAUGGACUAGUUGUCAAGGUUCUUGAAGCACGACAGUUGCCAAUUAAAGACGUCACAGGAAGUAGUGAUCCAUAUGUUAAAAUUCAUCUUUUACCAGAUAGAAAAAAGAAAUUUCAAACAAAAGUUCAUAGAAAAAAUUUAAAUCCAAUAUUUAAUGAAACAUUUAUAUUCAGUAUUUCUCAUGAGGAUUUGAGAGAGUCAUAUCUUCAAUUUUCCGUCUAUGAUUUUGAUAGAUUUUCACGUCAUGAUUUGAUUGGCCAAGUUGUACUAAGAGAUUUACUGGAUUCAACUGAUUUAGAACAAGAAAUUGAAUAUACAAUGGACAUACUCUCAGCAGUGACUGAAAAAGUUGAUUUGGGUGAGCUUAUGCUGACGCUGUGUUAUCUACCAACUGCUGGACGUCUCACCUUGACUGUUAUCAAAGCAAGAAAUCUAAAAUCGAUGGAUAUUACAGGUUCUUCUGAUCCAUAUGUGAAAGUUUAUCUUCUGUGUCAAGGUAAAAGAAUUAAAAAAAAGAAAACUUCGAUUAAAAAAAAUACACUUAAUCCGGUUUACAAUGAAUCAUUGGUAUUUGAUGUACCAUCUGAUAAUAUUGAGGAUGUUAGUCUUAUUGUGAAAGUGAUCGAUUAUGACAGAAUUGGCUCAAAUGAAUUGAUGGGUUGCACAGCAAUUGGUGGCAGUUUUAUUGGUACUGGAAGAGAUCAUUGGCUUGAAAUGUUGGACAAUCCAAGAAAACCAGUGGCACAGUGGUAUUCACUUCAGGAAUCAGUUGCUGGUCAUGGACCAAAUGACUCGACUGAGCCACUUCCGAGUCUUAGCUGCUUAAACAGAUGAAGCUGUGGCACUGAGAGUUCACAUUGAUUGAACAUGGAUAUCAAAAAAAACAAUAAAAUAAAUUAUCUUAUUUAAUUAUUUAAUGCUGACAGCUUGAUGAUCAUUUUAAGGAUGUCAAUUCAAACUAAUCAACAUGAUGAAUGAGAAUAAUAAUUAUUAAUUUGAUUUAAUAAAUAUAUAUAUUUUUAUUUUUGUUUUCUUUUUAUAUUUACAUUUGAUAAAAAAUCUAUUUCAUUUUAUUUAUGAGUUUAAUUAUUAUUAUUAAAAUUAAUUGAUAAAAAUUCUGAAAGUUAUAAGGAUAAUUAAUAUUCCAAUUUGAAUUGUAAAUAUACAAGUUUUACUUGUCAUCAGUGUUAAAAAUUUUCAUCUAUCAAAAUUGGUAAAUUAAUGAAAAAUAAAAAAAAAAAAGUAUUUUUAAAAAAUAACAUACAUAUGAUAAAAAAAUUAAAUUGAAAGAAAAAAAAUUUAAUUUUUUGCCUUGUCACGGGUUCGAUAAAAGAAAUUAUUUUAAUCAAAAAGUAAAAAAAAAUAAAAUUAUCUUUUUUAAAUAUUGUGACAUAUGAAAAAAAUAGAAAAAAAAAUAUAUAAAAAUGCAAACAGUAUUUUCUAAUUAAAAUAAUGUGAGUGGCUUUAAAAAUGGAUAAUGAACGAACGUACAUACAGCGAAUGAAAUAUUUAAUUUUAAAAAGAAAAUAUAUAUAUAUCAAUAGAUAAUAUUUUUUGUGUACUGACUGUAGUAUUCCAUAAUAUAAAUUAUUUAUUUAGAUUACCCUAAAACACAUGUACGUGGUAGACAAUCUCAAUUAUUUAAAAAUUAUUUCAUAGUUUAUAGUUACUAGUAAUAUAGAAAAAAAAGUAGUAAUUAUAAUUUAAUCAUAUCCAAAAUUACACUAACAUUAUUAUUGAAAAAAAAAUAAUAAUAAAAAUCAAAAAAGUAGUUAUAAAUACUAUAGAUGUAUGUGAAAAUUUCAGUGGGUAUUUUUGUGAUAAUAAAAAAUACAAAUAAACACGAACAAAUUAGAUAAUAGAUUAGAGAAAAAAAUAUAUAUAUUUAAUCAAUUUUUGUGGAUAAAAAUAUUUAGUCAAAUGAAAUUAAUAUCAGAAUAUUUAAAAAAAAAAAAAAUAUGCAUGAAUAAUUGAAAGAAUAAAACACAUUAAAGUGUGAUAAAAAAAAAUUUGAGAAAAAAAAAAAAAAUUAUAAUUGAGAGGAGGGUAAACUCAAUAAUUCGAUUGUGAACUUGAUAAUAAUAUUGUAAACGUCUGACACAUUGUAGAAUUAAUAAUAUCAUAAUUUUAAGAAUUAAUUUAAAAAGAAAAAGGAAACGUUUAUACAAGAAAUUUAGUUUUUAUUAAUUUUCAUUAAUUAAUUAUUGAUUUUUUAUUGUCAUUUAAUUUGGCAUGAGGUACGUUAGAAUAUAUUUAAUCAAAAUAGCUGAUUAAUAAUUGCUGAAAAAUAAAAAAAUAAAAAAUAUAUAUAAUCAAUAUUUUAUAUAGAAUGACAAUGUAUGUACUCUAUAAAUUAUUAUCAAAAAAAUCAUGCACAAAAUGAUUUAAAAUAAAAUACAUAUAUUUAAAAAAAUAUCUAAACCCUGAGAGAAUAGAAAAAUAUCAAGUGAACCAUAGUGUUUCUUUUUGGUUCACUGUCUACUCAUGUCAAAAAAAAAAAAGAAAUUAAAUAAAAUAAACGCAUAUCUUUUGAAUUAAGAUACUAUUUUCUAAUGCGUAUAUACAUGAUUAUAUAUAUCAAAUAUAUAUAAAUCUAAAAUAUACAAUGUAAAAUACCCUGUUUAAAUGGUAAAAAAAAUAAAUAAACCAAUAAACUCUAAUAAAUAUUAUUUCAAGCAAAAAUAAUAAUCUAAUAAUCUAAAAAAA